AUGUCUGCGCCGUACAGCACCCCGGACUUGCAGCCUCCGGUGUUUGCUACCGACACGCCCCUGCAACGCACUUUGCGUGAACAACAAACCCUGCUCGACAGCGCGGGCGUGGGUAUCGUGUUCCUGCGCCAGCGCAGCGUCGUGCGUUGCAACCAGCGGUAUGCCGAGAUAUUCGGGUACGCGAGCGCCGAGCGCCUGGUAGGCCUCAACACGGAGGCUUUCUAUCCCCACCGCGAUGCCUUCCGCGAACUGGGCCGCAGUGCUUACCCCGUGCUGGUGCAGGGCCAGUCCUUUCGUGUGGAGCGGCAGCUGCGGCGGCAUGAUGGAAGCCUUUUCUGGGGAAGCCUCACGGGCCGGCUGAUCAACCCGCAGGACACCUCCGAAGGCUCCAUCUGGAUAGUGGAUGACAUCGACGAACACAAGCGUGCACAGGCUGCCUUAACCGCGGCGGUACGCGAGAAGCAGUUGCUGUUCGACAGCGCGAUGGUGGGCAUCGUCUUCCUGCGCGACCGUCGCCUGACCCGGUGCAACAAGCAUUUCGAACAGAUGCUGGGCUACGAGCCCGGCGAGCUGAUGGGAAGCCCUUCGCGCCGCUGGUAUGCCAGUGACGCGGCCUGGAAGGAGGUGGGCAGCCGCUGCUACCCCAAUCUGGAGGCGGGUCAUUCCUACGAAGGCGAGGUCGAGCUGUGCCGAAAGGACGGCACCGCCGUCAUCUGCGAAGUGCGCAGCAAAUCCAUCGACCCGGCGGACCCGGCCCAGGGCUCCAUCUGGAUCACGAUGGACAUCACCGAGCGCAAGCAGGCCCAGGCGGCGCUGGCGCGCGCCCACGAAGAGCUGGAGCAGCAGGUACAGGACCGCACGCGCGAGUUGCGCGAGACGGUGGACAACCUGCACCGGGAAAUCAACGACCGCAAGGCCGACCAGGACCGCAUCUACUGGCUUGCACACUACGACGCUCUCACCGGCCUGCCCAACCGCGCACUGCUGGCCGAGCGCGCGAGCGAGGCCAUUCGCGUGUCCCAGCAGGGCAACACACCGCUGGCCGUGAUCUUCCUGGACCUGGACCAUUUCAAGCACGUCAACGACUCGCUGGGCCACCGCGUGGGUGAUGUGCUGCUGGUGGAAAUCGCCAAGCGGCUGCGGGCCGUGGUGCGCGAGAAGGACACGGUCUCGCGCCUGGGUGGCGAUGAGUUCAUCCUGCUGCUGCCCGGCGCCAACGCGCACGGCGCAGCGCGCGUGGCCGGUAAGCUGCAGGAGGCAUCGCGCCACCCCUACCAGAUCGACCACCACGAGCUCACCAUGGCGCCCUCGAUGGGUAUUGCGCUGUUCCCGCAGGACGGCGCCGACUUCGACACGCUGACCCAGUCGGCCGACGUGGCCAUGUACCGGGCCAAACUCGACGGGCGCAACACCUUCCGCUUCUUCACGCCGCGAGAUGCAGGCCCAGUCCGUGCGCGCGCUGCAGCUGGAAAACGCGCUGCGCCGCGCGCUGGAGCGCGAGCAGUUCCAGCUGCACUACCAGCCGCAGAUCAGCCUGGCCACGGGCUCCGUGCACAGCGUGGAGGCCCUGCUGCGCUGGAAGCACCCGCAGCUGGGCGCUGUAUCACCAGCGGAAUUCAUCCCGAUCGCGGAAGACAGCGGACAGAUCCUGCAGAUCGGGGAAUGGGUGCUGCGCACGGCACUGGCACAGCUGAGCGCGUGGCGCCGCAGCGGCUUUCCGCAGCUCACCAUGGCGGUGAACCUCUCGGCCAUCCAGUUCCGCCAACCCCAGCUGCCCGAACUGGUCAGUCGCAUGCUGACCGAAUUCAACCUGCCGCCUGA